AUGGAUUUUGUUACGGUCUGUGAUAGACCCUUCUAUGGAAUUAUGUGUGCUCGCCAAUGUUUCGAAAAGCAUGGCGCUAACUAUAUUUGCGAUCCACGCGGAGAGAAGGUGUGCCUGGUUGGAUGGACAGGAAAAGACUGCGAUAUUGCCAUAACGGACGUCCCUCUUGGCAAAUCUCCAGAGCUCAGCUCGUCUACAUUAUUACCGGCUUCAACAAGUACUGGUAGAGACCACCACCAAGCUAACAACGUCAGGCUAUGUGCCUAUCGAAUCCACAACAACAUUACCAGUCCAUCACAGUCCGUUACUCCGAUACGCGACCAAUAA